CGCUUACUCUCUAAAUACCGGAUCCGGCCCGGGUUGUACGGGAAAGAACCUUUUGCUUUUCAAUUAUUAAAUUUGCGGCAGUAAACUAAUUCCUAAAUAAAGCAGUGUGCUUAAAUAUGCACAAUGAAAUAGAGUCAAGGCGAGUUUAUAUAAGGGAAUAGCUCGUAGAAUUCUUGUUCAAAAAGCAAAAUGGGCGUUAAUUGGCGUGAAAUGUUUCCAACAAAGCUUACGUUCGUCAUUUUUUUACUCUACAUAUCGUUGUUCAUUGGUCAAGGAAUAUUUGUAACCGCUUCCCAAGAAGCCAAUAACUCCUACAGCUACAACACAGUGACUGUGGUGCUACUUACGGAAGUUCUGAAACUACUUGUGUCUGCCAGUCUCUAUUGCAGGGAAAGAAACUUACCCAGUCUGCUACGCGAUGUGCGGAAGGAUUCAGAUGUCAUGAUGCUUUACUUUGUACCCGCGUUUCUCUAUUGCCUUUACAACAAUUUGGCUUUUAUCAACUUAUCCACGUUUGACCCAACAACGUAUUACCUUUUACUGCAGCUACGUGUUGUUAUCACUGGCGUACUAUUUCAGAUAAUUUUUAAGAAGUACUUGACGCGCCGCCAAUGGAUCUCGCUUUUACUACUCACACUCGGAUGUAUGUUAAAGCAAAUUAAUUUGAACAAGUUCUAUGGAGAUACCAAUGACGAUAGUGAAGCUGCUGCAGUGCAACAAGCGAACUUAAAUGGGACAUCAGCCUCUGUAUCGAGGGUAAGCGGAAAAAAUAUGACCGGUUUCGACCUAAGUCUCAGUGCCGUACUCAUACUGGCACAAACGAUAUUUUCGUGUCUUGCUGGUGUUUACAACGAAUAUUUGCUGAAGGACAAAGGUGCUGAUGUCAACAUAUUUGUACAGAAUGUCUUUAUGUAUGUCGAUUCCAUAAUUUGCAAUGCGCUAAUAUUGCUGAUAAAUGGUCAGUUGGCUGGCGCUUUCACAGCAGAUAGCCUACGAGCUAUUUGGCGAUUUAAUGUAAUCAUUAUUAUAGUAAACAAUGCGGCCAUCGGUAUUGUUACCAGCUUCUUUUUGAAAUAUAUGAAUUCUAUUGUGAAGACUUUUGCAAGCGCAUUAGAGCUAAUGUUUACAGCUGUACUUUGUUAUUUUCUCUUCGCUAUACCGAUUUAUAUCAAUACAGCGAUGGCCAUUGCAGUGGUAUCAUUUGCUAUAUAUUUAUACUCGCAAAGCCCUGUUGUGAAUACAGGAAAAGUGCGUCCUUUGAUCAGCCUGAACGAGGCAUCGCAAGAUAAGCGGAAGCUUCUUGACUCUGAUGGCGAAACGGAUCUGGAGAUGGACAUAGUGUAGCGUAUACAGUGGUGAAGAGUACCACAACAGUACCAUUAAAAACUAACUCACUCGCUCAUGUAAAGAUAAUAAUCAGUGCUAAUACCUAUAAAUGUAGAUUUUAAUAUAAAAUUGUAAGGUAUAUGUAAGUUUUGCUUGAACAUUGUAUGUGUUGGCGUAUGUUAGGUCGAAUAAUAUUAAAAUAGCAUCUUGGUUGUCAUUAUAUAGGUAAAGCUUUAUUUCACAAAACUUUAAGUUAAAAAUUAAAUUCACAAAAGGAUAAAAUUCAUAUUUGCUUCAAAAUACAUUUGUUAACCACUUUAAUCUCAUAAGCAGAUCGUUGAUUUGAGACUUAUCCAUAAUAAUCGUAUUUGAAAGUAUUUUUUAUGAAAAUAGGUUACAAGAAUUAUGUAGACUUAUUAACUUAAAUGACUAAUAAAUUACUUUCAAAGUACUGUCAAAUAA